CCAGCAAGUGGAGCCUUUUGCUUUUUGAGCGUACAGAUAUAGCUUUUGUGAUUUUUUAACAACUCUUUGCUUUCUAUGAGUAUUAAGAAUAAGAAUGUGGAAAUUUCAUUGAUAAUAGAACAGCAAUACUAGAGGUCGACUAUUCCAGAAGAAAUAAGUUUGACAGAGAAGAAAAUUAAGAGAAACUCAUGGACAAGGACUUGCCCUCUUGCUCCGUGACACCAGUUUCCAGAUGUGAAAACCAUUUUGUAAGGAAAGAGGAAGACAGAAAUAAAGAAAUGGAUAGAUUAGACUCAAUUUUCCAGUUGUCUGACUUGACACUUAAAAUUGGCAACAGAAAACUUUAUGUUACGCAGGAAGAAUUUAAGCAGAUAUCAGUGGUUUUUGAGAAAAUGCUAACCAGUGAUUUUCAAGAGAAGAAAAAGAAUGAAAUAAUUUUUACUGGAAAGGAUUAUAAAAGUUUUGUCAUGUUCAUACGUGUAGCUCAUCCAGGGAUCCAGGAUCCAUUUGAGGAGGACACAAUACACCAGAUUUUGCCACUGAUUGAUGAAUACUUAGCAGAAGAUGCCAGAAUAAGGGCUGAUUGGUAUCUCACAAAGUUGGUCAAGAAGAAAAAUGACUCUAUUACUUCACCGCAAAUAGUCCAAAACAUUAUAGAAGCAGAAAAGUACAAGUUACCUAAAUAUCUCAGUGCUUGUAUGAAUGUUGCAUGUCGGAAGGUAUUUAACAAGUUAUCACACGAUGCUGACUUUGAACAUAUUUCACUGGAAACUAGAUUCAAGAUCAGCUUACAUCGAUGGAAACUUACAGAUGAAUGCUAUGAUCAGGCAACCAAAGCAUACAGCAUGAAUCAGACAACAAAACAACUUGGAGAAGCUGUUUAUAAUAUGAUAAAAAAUAAUUAAAAUUUGUCAUAUCCAUAUCACAAAAAUCUUUUACUAUGAUUUAUAUGGUAUGAGAAUAUCCCAAACAUUUUAAACUAGAGGCUCUAAAGAGCCUGUGUCGCUCACCUAGGUCUAUGAGCAUCAACAAUGGACUCUCUCCAACAUUGUGGACUAGAAUAGAAUUCA